ACUCACCAUAUACUUUCAUUCACCAACUCCCCAACACCAAGACACAAUCAUCAUCAUCUUCUUCUUCCUUAAAACAAAAAAAAAAAACAAAAAACAAACAAACAUGUUGAUGUUAGUUGACUGUUCAAACUGCAGAACACCUUUACAACUUCCACCAGGAGCAACAUCAAUACGUUGUGCUCUUUGCCAAGCCAUUACACGUGUCGCUGACCCACGUAGCCUACCACCACCACCGGUCUCACCUCAUCAUCAUUAUCCACCAACUGGUAGUAGUGGUUCUUUCAAUGCCCAUUACGCGCCACCGCCAGCUCAGCAACCACCACCACCAGUAUAUAACCAUAUGCCAUCUUUUGGUCAAACACCAGCAGUAGUACCUUCGGUCAACGGGAGAAAAAGAGCAGUUAUAUGUGGGAUAUCGUAUAAAAGAACAAAACAUGAGUUGAAAGGAUGUAUUAAUGAUGCCAAGUGCAUGAAAUAUUUGUUGACUAAUAAGUUUAAAUUUCCUGAAUCUUCUAUUCUCAUGCUUACAGAAGAGGAAACGGAUCGUUACAGGAUUCCAACAAAACAUAACAUCAGAAUGGCCAUGUAUUGGCUUGUCAAAGAUUGUCAGCCAGGAGAUUCAUUAGUAUUCCAUUUUUCUGGUCAUGGUUCUCAACAAAGGAACUACAAUGGCGAUGAGAUUGAUGGAUACGAUGAGACACUUUGUCCUUUGGAUUUUGAGACUCAAGGAAUGAUUGUUGAUGAUGAGAUAAAUGCAACUAUGGUCAAGCCACUACCUCAUGGUGUCAAGCUUCAUGCCAUUAUCGACGCUUGUCAUAGUGGUACCAUGCUAGAUUUACCCUUUCUUUGUAGAAUGGAAAGGAGUGGGAGGUAUGUAUGGGAGGAUCAUAGUCCUCAAUCGGGAAUAUGGAAAGGCACAAAUGGAGGGGAAGUCAUCUCAUUUAGUGGCUGUGACGAUGAUCAAUCCUCUGCUGAUACCUCUUCUCUCUCGAAGGUGACUUCAACUGGAGCAAUGACAUUUUCAUUUAUACAAGCAAUUGAACGGGGGCAUGGGACAACAUACGGUGAUAUGCUGACCUCAAUGAGAACCACCAUUCGGAAAAAUGAAACUGAUAUGGGUGGCAGUAGUGGUGGUGCUGUAUCAUCUCUCCUUGGUAUGCUUUUAACCGGAGGAAGUCUUGGUGGUGGCUUGAGACAGGAACCACAACUUACGGCUAGUGAACCUUUUGAUGUUUAUACAAAAAGAUUCACCCUCUAACAUGUAAUCUCCUGCUCUUUGCUCCGAGUGCAUUCUUUCCACUUGUACAGUUCUUUUUUCCCCCGAGAAAUUUAAUGCAAGAUUCAUUCAAUUUGUUAUUGUGUCUGUAUUUAUUGUAUGUACUUUUCCUAAUAUAAUAAGCUACGGAAAGUUUUCCACUGUA